UACUCUACAACUCAGUUGCUGAAAUGGUACAACAUGCUCAUAAAUUUCCAGCUCUCUGGAGAAAAUAAAAACAUCAGGUGGAGCUGUGAACUACUCACUCCCUCCUACAUGUUUCAGGGGCUAAUUCGAAGGGAAGAUACCAGAGUAACCUUUUUUUUUUUUUUUGCAGCUGCCCCUCGAGUCAAUCUACUGCAGAUAUCAGCUGCUUCAGUCGAUCUCCAUCUUUACCCAACAUGAAGCUCCCAAGCAGCUUUGAGGAGUUUACUCCAGAUUUCACUGAUGAUGAAGAUGAUGGAACCUACGUGUUCCGAUGCUCCAGUCCAGGCCUGUACCAGUGCAGAGAGAGCGGCCUGGUGUUUGACAUGAAGGGAGAAGGAGACGUGUCCUACAGGAUUGUUCCUUGGGAGAGAAGAUUACUGAGCCAACAUGGCAAGAAGCCUGCAGGACCUCUGUUUGACAUCAGUUGUCAGCAGCAGUCUGUGGCUCAGCUUCAUCUCCCUCACUGUGAGAUCCACCCCACAGAGGGAUGUAACUUCCUGUCAGUCGCUCAUAUACACGAUGAAGGAAUCGAGUUUAUCAGACCUGAGAAGAUUACAGAAACUCACCUCAUCAUCAGCAUCACAGGGUUUUCUGCUUUUGGUAACGUCAAAGAAGAAGAUUCUCCUUUAGGCCCGAUCCGAGCCUUGGUUCUGCUGUUCUACAAGCCUCCAGUUUAUCCCAAUGUCAGAUCUUACCUCAAUAUCUUGCUUCUUCCAAAGAAUAUUGUGACUCGGAAUGUGAAGCGGACCAGGAAGAAACUAUUUGGACUAGAGACAUUCAUUGAUGUACCCCCAAACUGUAAACUGUGGCCAGAUCGGCUCUACACUCUGUCCACCGAUCCUGGAAACGACUUGGUUUGGGUUCAGCCCACAGAGGCUGAGUUUGAUGCAGAAUCCAACAACUGUGAGACAUUAAUCCAGGUGACUUUAGAAGACAUUACUGGAGAUAUUGAGCUCAGUUUAAAAGAGAAGAGUGACUCCAGUUGUGUCUGGAAGAGACGUGUUCGCCUUUCACCUCAGGGAUUAAAAAGGGGUCUGACUUCUGCUGAGCAGCUGAAGAAUAUUCGGACCAAAAUCAUUGAGGGGAUAACAAACGCUAAUCUGCAGAAACUGCUGGACAGACUUUUCGAUGUAAACGUCCUCACUUAUGAUGACAAAGAAUUCAUUAGAACUGAGAGAGCCACAAGUGAAAAAAAUAGAGCUUUAGUUGACACAGUGAUGAAUAAAGGUGACCAAGCAAGUUCAGAGAUGAUCCACCUGCUCUGUGGCAUCGACCCAUGCCUCAGUAGAGAGUUGGGUCUCAUCUGUGAGAACCCAGAACCAAACUAGUAAGCAGGACACCCACUGGUCCAAUUCUAAAUCACUGAAGGAAAAAUCUCUUUGAUUACAUUGCAGGAGAAUCCUGUGUGAGAAUGAACAGAACAUUCUUAACAAAGAGUUUAUUGUUUUUGUGAAACCUUU